UGCGCCUGCGCUCAGGGGAAGGCGCGGAUCAAAUGACGACUUCUCUCCUUAGACUGCGGUCCCGCCAAUUGCCGUGAAGAAUGGCCCUGAACGACAGCCAUCGGCGAUUCCUUCAAGUCCUGAUGUCCCAUGGGAUAAUGGAAGGCUCCGCUGUCAGGACGUUACAUAGACAUUGCUGUGAGGUACAGAAAGCUCACUACAUGCAUGACAAGCUGGACGAUUUUGUGGGCGUUGUCAACAAACAUUUGCAGCCUCUGUUCAUGCAGAUUAGGAAGGGAACAGAUGAAAAUGAUGGGAGAGGAUACUACUCUCUGGUUAACAUUGCGGAAAAUGAAGUUACAAAGAUGGCAGUGGACCACACAGAGAAUGAACUGGAGUUAUUUAGAAAGACGAUGGAUCUGAUAAUAGACUCGGACAAUGGGUUUGCGUCUUCGACAAACAUUUUAAACCUUGCCGACCAACUGCAAACCAAGAAAAUGAAGAAAAAGGAUGUUGAACAACUACUUCAGAGUUUUGUACAAGAAAAGUGGCUGAUUGAGAAAGAUGGAGAGUACAGCCUUCACACUCGCUGCAUAAUGGAAAUGGAACAUUAUAUACAGAGCACGUACCAGGACAUAGUCAAAACCUGCAAUAUCUGCCGCAAUGUCACUAUUCAGGGCCAGGUCUGUGAUAACUGUGGCAUCAAGAUUCAUUUGACUUGCCUGGGAAAGUUUUUCAAAGGACAAAAUGAGCCACAUUGUCCCCAGUGUGGUGAAGCAUGGUCGCAAGAAAUUCCCAGUUUGUCACAGACCAAUUCCCAAACUCCUUCCACAUCCCAGAGCAAUACGAGAACAGGACAGAGGAGAGGAAACAGCGUAGCAGCCACUAGAUCAAGACGAUCAUAAAACGGCACAACCUUAUAUAUUUUUUUGUAAUAUUUUGUACAAAAAUGUUCAUAAUUAGCUUCUCAUUUUUUUUAGCUUUGAAAUCUUUUGUAUUGUAAAGUUACAAAAAAAACGUAUUUUAUAUGUCUGUAAUGUUGCAUAGUAAAGUAAUAAUUAAAAUAAAGCCAAGCGGUGAGCAGGUGUAAUUACACGCAAGCCGUCCCAUUCAAUUUAAUGGGACGGCUCGUUCCUAUACACUUCUAUAGGAGCUAUCCGUCCCGUGGGAUAACUAUUAGAUCAAUGGGGGUCCUACCGCUGCAUCUCCCACCAAUCACAUGAAUAAAGACACCAUACCCCGUUGAGCCCACGAAAUGAAUGGAGCGGCCAGUCGGGCAGGUGAACUUCUGCUCCCU